AGAGGAGAGACGGGAGCACUGCCGUCUGACUUAACCUGACAAGUGGAGAACUAUUUUCACACGGUUGGUCGGUCGACAGGAAAGUGUACGGGAAUUUAACCUCACCCAGGAGUGUGUUUCCUUUUCCCCACGGACUGUCUCACUCCCGCAGAGAAGGUCUGCUCAUGAAGCCAUGCUAAUAAACAUCUGCUUGUUGCGGUGAGCUGCCUGGUGGACAGUCAAAGGCGUCAUGGCGGAACUGCCCAUUGCCCCGGGUCAGGUCUACAUCGAGGUGGAGUACGACUAUGAGUACAAGUCCAAGGACCGCAUCAUCACCAUCCGGCAGGGGGAAUGCUACAUGCUGGUCAAGAAAACCAAUGAUGACUGGUGGCAGGUGAAGAAAGAGGAGGGGACUAAAGCUUUUUAUGUACCUGCUCAGUAUGUCCGAGAGGUCCGCAAAGCUCUCAUGCCACCUCCUAAACCCAUCCCACAUCCACCUGCUGCCACUGGCAACUCACCUUCCCAAAGUGGGGGUGCACUCUGGGUAAAGCCAACCAAUCUGGACCUGGGAUACCAGGAUCGGUCUGCUGAGAACCUUCACAGACACGAGUCCAGCUAUCGCCGCUCACCCUCCGCACAUACUGCCUUUUCAGGGCACUUUAGUCCCCCCACCCAACGCAGGGACAGUAACCACCAUCACCCCACCACCACCCCCACAGACCAUGACCGAGCUGAGAUUCUUGUCCACGGUGGAGGUCCCCAACCUGUCCACAGAGGAGGGCACGGCUCUCUGCCGCGUACCCGCGCCCGAUCCCCAGAGAUGGCCCGAGCCCCACUGGAUGUGGACAGAACCCAACACUGUGACUCUGCAGGGGAGGAGAGACCCACCAACGACUCAGAGUCUGGAGAUGAACUGAGCAGCUCUUCCACUGAACAUCUCCAGACUGUGUCUUCGUCAGGCCAGGGCCGCUCCGAGUCGCCUGUCUACACCAACCUCCAGGAGCUGAAGAUCACCCAGACCAACCUGCCCCCUCUGCCCUCCGGCUCCCCCCUCCACACGCUGGGCGACUGGGAGACCUACAAAGACCAGAAUGGCAGGCACUUCUACUACAACCGCUCCACCCAGGAGAGGACCUGGAAGCCGCCCCGAGCCAGGGACGCCAGCACCGGGAACUCCAGAGGAGAAAACCACAGUGCAGGAGAGAGCUCUGAGACCACUCCUCUCUCGCUCUCGCCGUCUUUCCUUCCAUUCCUCUCGCUCUCCAUUGGUCGACUUCAGCCUCUGUCGUCGGAGGACAACUGCUUCAGUACCUACUCUAGCCAGUCAGACAGUCAGUAUGGCUCGCCGCCGCGUGGUUGGUCGGAGGAGAUGGACGAGCACGGCCACACGUUGUACGUCAGCGACUAUACUAACGAGAAGUGGUUAAAACACGUGGAUGACCAGGGCAGGCCUUAUUACUACAGUGCAGACGGCUCCAGGUCAGAGUGGGAGCUGCCAAAGUACAACCUCUCCCCUCCACAGCCGUCCGGAGAUGCUCCAAAAAGUCGCAGUCUGGACAGGAAACACAUGGAGCCCAUCGUCCUAACCAAAUGGAGACACAGCGCCUAUGUCCAAGAGCCCAAUGACAAGCGGCUGUCAAAAAAAAGGCGUUUCCGCGCAUUCUCCACCCGCCUACACCCGUACAAACACAAAGAUGCUCCUCUGAGCCCCAAGCCCCCCUCUCCUGACUCUGACUCCUGCCCUUCGUCUCCCAAGCCCCCCGCCUCUCCGUCUGAAAAGUGUGGGGUUCUGAAUGUGACAAAAAUCACUGAGAACGGCAAGAAAGUACGGAAGAACUGGACUUCUUCCUGGACAGUCCUCCAAGGAUCCACGUUGCUGUUUGCCAAAGGACAAGGAGGUGGAACCAGCUGGUUUGGAGGCGGUCAGUCCAAACCUGAGUUCACUGUAGAUCUGAGGGGCGGCUCGGUGGAAUGGGCCUCCAAGGACAAAUCCAGCAAGAAGCACGUUAUAGAGCUGAAGACUCGACAGGGCACAGAGCUGCUAAUCCAGUCAGAAAAUGACGGUGUCAUCAAUGACUGGUACCGAGCGCUGCAGGACACCAUCAGCACCCAUGCCUGGGAGUCUGACGAGGCCAUUGAAGAGGACAUGCCUGAUUCGCCUGGUUUUGACAAACAUGACAAGGAUAAAGAACACAGAGACUCAAAGAAAAGCAGAGCCAUGAAGACGUCCACCAGCAUGGACGCCUCCGACAACAAAAAGACCAGACACAAGCUGAAGAAGUUCCUCACCCGCCGCCCGACCCUGCAGGCUGUCAGAGACAAGGGCUACAUCAAAGAUCAGGUGUUUGGCUGCAGUCUGUCCAGUCUGUGUCACAGGGAGAACAGCUCUGUGCCAGGCUUUGUAAAGAUGUGCAUCGACCAUGUGGAGAACAGUGGUCUGUGUGUAGACGGGCUGUACAGAGUUAGUGGAAACCUGGCUGUCAUACAGAAACUACGCUUUGCUGUCAAUCAUGAUGAGAAGGUGAACCUGGCAGACGGGAAGUGGGAGGACAUCCAUGUGACCACCGGAGCUUUAAAGAUGUACUUCAGAGAGCUGCCCGAGCCUCUCUUCACCUACGCUCUCUUCCAUGACUUUGUCAGCGCCAUCAAGAUACCAGACUACAAGCAGAGAGUCCACUCCAUCAAAGAGCUGGUCCGACAGCUGCCCAAUACCAACCAUGACACUAUGCAGGUCCUCUUCAAACACCUCAGGAAGGUGAUCGACUACGGUGAGGAAAACCGUAUGACCACCCAGAGUGUGGCCAUCGUGUUCGGCCCCACGCUGCUGCGCCCUGAAACAGAGACCUGGAACAUGGCGGUCCACAUGGUCUACCAGAACCAGAUAGUGGAGCUGAUACUGCUGGAGUACGAGAACAUUUUUGGCAGGUAGACUGAGACGCCAGUCUACCUAUUUUCUUUCUCUCCAAACGCAGAGCUCUUCCUAACCCAGCAUGGCCCUGCCAAAAAGAGCCCGGCUCGGUCCGGGGGCAGCUUCUCUUCAUCUCAAACCAACCCGCGGUCACUGGCUUCUCCAAUCUUGCAACCUCUGGACCAAAGCCAAAUGUGUCUCAUAAACCAAAACAUAGAUGUAACUAACUAGCGACCAAAAAGUUAAGACUCUUUGCACUUUUCAGUAUCUUAUUUUCUCCUGCAGCUGCAUUUGUGCCACUUUACUGCAAAGGUGACAUCCUCCUGUCCUGACACUGGAUUCCUAAAACUAAUAAUACAUGGGCCAAACAAGCCUCUACUACUGCACAGACUAACUGAGACCAAAGGAGCUGCAGAGGAGUGAGUAUCAGUAAGCCUCUAUUACAGAGGAAGCAGCAGUAUUGGAGGUUUAUGAUGUUGGAUGUAACCUGUCUGUACUGUACUGUAAAUCUCAUCACUUAUAUAGACUCAUCACUCCUGUAUGUACCACAGUGGGGAAUCAACAGAAGAAUCAAAACUGCUCUGCACCCUCAGCUUGGCUUUAGAAGUGUAGACACUAAGAGGUGAAAUAAGUUGGAGCUAGAACAAGGAGAAGAAGGGAUUUGGAGUUUUUUUUUUUAUUUAGGAACUAUACAAUUUUCAAGAAAUUUUUUUUGGCUCUUUCAUGUUCUUUCUUCUUUUUAUUUUAAAUGUUUUGUUCCCCUCUCACUCUGCAUCUGCCCCCCCCCCUCUUUCUCUCCUCCUCCUGAAAUACUGGACCGGGGUCCUCUGAACACUUGAGAGGUUAACACCACUCUGUAUUAUCUCUGCAUGCCACCUCCUCCAUUUGGCUUUUAGAACAAAUCAUCUCACAGCGCUCAGAACAUGAACUUGAAAACAAACAAUGGUACUCAGCUCUUUCCUUGACUAAUGGAUAUUAAAUGUUAAGGCAAACAGCCUUUAAACAUGUCUCCAUUAAUACAGUUGUACAGUGUUUAUGUGUAUGCAUGUGGAUGGGUGGGGCAGGUGGGUGGAUGGAUGAAUGGAUUUACUGACAAUAUAUUGUACAAAUAAUAAAUAUAAGUGCAUAUGCCUGGAGUGUUAAAAAUAUGAUAAGAGGGAGAAAUCACUAUUUUGUGAUCAUUGUGUAACCAACAUGUGAGGAAAAAAGUUGUGAAGAACUGGGGAUGUGGAGGUUUACCUGUGAAUCAGGUUAAUGGAAGAUUGUGAAUAUAAAGAAAAUGCUGUUGGCUUUAUCAGACUGGAAUAAAGGCCUCUAAUAAGAGGAGAUAUUCUUUA